GUUAUAGGAGUCAGUGUGUGUUAAAUGAACUGCUAUUUUUUAUAGUGGGAACAGAAUAUUGAACUGUGUCCAAUAGUUUUGUCUAAGUUUCUAAAUCAACUUCUAAAAAGAAACCAAAUUAUUCAUUCUCUGUUUUUACUUAUGUAAAAUGUAUCCUGGUAUGAAGAUGGAAAGCUCAUCCAGAAUGAAAUAAAUCCUCAAGUGUUCUUGUCAUCUACUCAAGUACAGGAGAAUAAACCGUACUCAUGCGAGACACACAAUCCUGUCAGCGAAGAUAAAAGUGAGAGUGUUACAGUAUCAUUCUCAACAGAGACAUGUGGAAAAGAUCAACUAGUGGGAACGUCCUGCAUCAUGAAGCUACCAGAAAAAUACAAUGACAAAUCUAAUGACAUAAAAUGGACCCAUUUCUCCAGUGACGCCGUAAUUGAGAGGAGAAAUAAGAAGAUAAAGUCAAACACUCCAGGUUUAACAAUGGAAGAAGAUGGAUCAUUAAGAUUUCAAAGUGUUAGUCUGAAGGACACGGGCACAUAUGCAUACACUGUUACUAGUGCUGAUGGUACAGAGAUUGCUAAAGAUAAAGUGGAAAUUAAAGUAUAUGUCUCAACAGAGACAUGUGGAAAAGAUCAACAAGUGGGAACAUCCUGCAUCAUGAAGCUACCAGAAAAAUACAAUGACAAAUCUAAUGACAUAAAAUGGACCCAUUUCUCCAGUGACGCCAUAAUUGAGAGGAGAAAUAAGAAGAUAAAGUCAAACACUCCAGGUUUAACAAUGGAAGAAGACGGAUCAUUAAGAUUUCAUAGUGUUAGUCUGAAGGACACGGGCACAUAUACAUACACUGUUGUUAGUUCUGAUGGUACAGAGAUUGGUAGAGGAGAAGUGAAGAUUAAAGUAUAUGAAAAGGUCCCUAAACCUACUGUGAAGAUCAACUGCACCGCUGAUGGGAAUGCUGCUCUCACCUGUGACGUGGGAAACAGUAAAGAUCCGAGUCUGACUGUAUCCUGGUAUGAAGAUGGAAAACUCAUCCAGAAUGAAAUAAAGCCUCAAGUGUUCUUGUCAUCUACUCAAGUACAGGAAAAUAAAACAUACUUAUGUGAGACACACAAUCCUGUCAGCAGAAAUAAAAGUGAGAGUGUUAUAGUAUCAUGCAUUGCUAAAAUCUUCCUGUGUCUUCGUCACAAAAACGAUUAAUCCACACUAUGAGGAAGAGUUCAGGCUUGCAGAUCUUACCCCAGGUCACACUGGAACAAAACAGAUCCAAACAGAUAGAGGGCAACCGGCACCCUCUAUACCACAAGAAGACCCCCCCAUCCAGCUACUACACAAACCGCGUCUCAACCCAAAGCCCAGAUCUAUACUUGACCCCCACUGCCGCCGAUCCAACUCCCAUACCACAACCGAGGAACAAACAGCACUGAACCAAGAGAAAUCAAGAGCCGUACUGACCAAUACAAUGAGACGCUUCAAUGUUCACUGAAUGAUAGUAUAUGGGACUUUCCUAAAAUGAUAAGUUGAAAAAUAUGAUUUUUAUGUUGGAUCCAAGCUCAAUACUCUUGCCCAAUAUAUUUUGUAUUGGGAGAUAGGUUUUAUUAGCAAUAAAAGUCAGUGCUUGAAGUGGGCCAGUAUGCACCGGCACUUGUCACAUGUUGACGGUACUCUCCUCUGAACGCCCACACCAAAACAUAGAAUCAUCAGACUAUUCAUUAAUUGUACAUCAUGCAUUCGGAGCUUUUAUACGCUUUACGAACUGACUGGAUCAAUUGUCUGCACAAUAUGACUGUGACUGUAGCCCAAUUGUUUAAUUUUGCAUGAGUGGCGAGCAAAUUACCAUACAGCGUUCACCAGUGUGCUCCAAAAGUGUUAAUAUUUGCACGAGCCGUUCCUAUGUGAUGCUGAUGAUUAAAUGUGCAAACCAUUUGGAUUAUAUUGAGAUAAUAAAACGAUAUGGAGAAAGUCGAACCUGAUCUAAAACAGCCACUAAAAUGUCUGAUGAAAAGAGGGGAAAAUAUCAUCUGCAAGCUUUUUAACAGCAUGAAGACCACAUUUACUAGAAUUGAUCACGUUCUAUUGUACUUAUUGUGGCCAAUCAGAAUGCUCAGAUGGCCCGACGAGCUCCAACGCCGAUUCAACAUUUAGAAUCGGUCGAAAAAAAGCAGAUGAGGACCAACUUCAGCCGACGAACAAAAACUGUAGUUUUUGUAGUACAAAAGCUAUAGUUUCUAAACUCUGUUGCUAUUUUUCAUAACAAAUUCUAUAAAACGAAGGAAAGAAAAAAUGGUCUUACCUGUAAUUGUAUCAAAUCCUAUAGUUUACAAGAACUGUUAUUUUAAAGGCAGGAACACACAAGCCAACGGUUGGCUGUCGGGCAGUUUUUGUUCGUCAGCCGACUAAGUUUUCUCAGUGUGUUCCGCA